UUUUUUGAUUUGAUUGUGUGCUUUGUGUGACGUAUGAUAUGUAAACAAUUGUUUUAUUAUCGCUGCUAUUAACUCCUUUUAAUUUAAAUUUAGAAAGUAAAUGUGAUAACAGUUUUUAAAUAUUCGACAGAAGAAAUUAUUGAAAAAAAGUUUCUAGACAACAGAAAUAUUAGAUAAAUUCUAGAUCAACUUAAGACUUUGACAACACAAUUUAUUCACAAACGUUAUUUCGGCCGUUUUUCUAUACGUACCGCCAGUGAUUAUUUUACUAAGCUCAUGUUUGUCCUUCAUAUGCAACAUAAUUCUUUAAUUCUUGUUUAGCAGGAAAACAUCCUGCAUAUAAGUGAGAGAAAUUCAAGAGAUUUAUUGAUAUAAAAUGCUUUGGAAUAUUUGUUCGACAAUGAAUAUCGUAACAAUUCUUGGAUUGUGCUUAACUCAGAGUUGUUUAGUGGAAAGCAAAAAAUAUAUGCGCUGUGAAUUAUCAAAAGAGCUGGUGGAACGUUAUCAAAUCAGUAAAACAUUCCUAUCAAAUUGGAUUUGUUUAAUCGAACAUGAAAGCGAACGCGAUACUAAAAAGUUCACAACGUUAACUAAUGGCAGCAAUAAAAUCGGUUUAUUUCAAAUCAGUAGUAAAGAGUGUCGUAGCGGUCACAAAAUAGAAGAGUGCGACGUUCAAAAGCAUCCCUGCUGUAAAAUGCCUUGUGCCGAUUUCCUUAACGAUGAUAUUUCGGACGAUGUGGAAUGUGCGAAAAGAAUAUUCGAACAAAAAGGCUUUCAGUAUUGGAAUGGUUGGUCCACCUAUUGUCGUAACCAGCAGAAUCUACCGAAUUUAAGUAUAGCCUGUAAUAUAAAUACCAUAACGCCUUUAUCAAGAUUGCUUUUAUUAUGAUACAUAAAUGAAUUGAAAGGAGUAGGAAUAAAACAAGAAAACAUACACAUUUGUUACAAGCUGCGCGUAUGUUUUUUCAACAAAAUUGAACGGAAAAUUAAUUACUUUUUUCUAAUAAACAUUGCUUGGUUCAAUUACACAUAGUUAGACUCACGUCAGUCAAAUCCAGCCAUCUCGUAUAUAAUUUCAGUUAAUUUGCAAACACCAGAAACUCCUGAAUGAAUCUGCUUUGCUUACGAUGAACAACUCAGCUCUACUGAUUUUAGUUUACAUUGACUUAUGUCGCAUUGUAGGACAACUUGUUUGCUCAAUGACUCAUUGCGAUUGUCGCAUUGGUUGUUUUUCUAUUUAUGUAUUUCCAAGUAUAUGAGGUGUGAAAAAAGCAGUAAACUUGAUUUAAAAUUAUGACCAAAGAAACAUAAAAUGAAAAAUCUGAGCUAAAUCCUACUUAUGGUUAUAUUACUUGCAAAGAAAAAAUCAAUUCCAGAAUUUAUUUAAUGAAAAGAAACGUAAGUAAUAAUAUGCUACACUUAUUGACCUCAAAUCUAGCGUUCAGUCUGGGCUUUAUUGAUACUGAUAUGAUUGCUUCCCAUUCAAAGUCAAUCUUGGAGUUUUUCAUUAAAAGCUUUCUAACCAAAUUUUGUUGCUCGUUGUGCCUAACACAAAUGGCGAAAACAUCCAAUCGCCUUCGAAUUUAUCCCAAGAAAAUACUUUAUGUGUGGCGGCAGAAUUUUCCAUCACCUAGGAAUGAUACCCUAACUAAAAAUGUUGAAGAGUCUUCUUUCAAUCUUUUUUCCACGUUUUACAUUUCUUAUGACUUAUUAGCCUAAAAAGAUAAGGGAUAAGAGAAGAGCUUAGCUUAGCAAGAGAAUAAUGAAGGACGAGUUACCUUUAAAAGGUCAUAAUUAAGUGCUUAGCAUAAUGAUAGCAUAAUGAGAGCAUUUAGAUCUUUUGAUGACGGGGUAACCAAAACAAUUAUUGAAACGCAACGCUUUGAACGCUGCAUUGACUACUAUUUCAUAACUAAAGGCAGACGCAGUUGAAGCAUUAAAGAAAAAAAAUCUAAGACCAAUGGUACGAUACACCAUGGAAAGGAACUGAAAACCAAUGCUUGUCUUUGUGACAAAAAAAGAACUAAAAACUAAUGCUUGUCCCAUGUUGUGUGUUGGUUUUAUUUAUUUAAAAUCGUUCUUUUCGAUUACCGAUAAGUUAAAUCUCUCUUUCUCAACAACUUAUCUGCGCUAAGAAAAGCCAAAGUAUAUGAAAUUACAACGCAAUUAACGCGCAGCGGGCGGCAUGCAUUUAACUCCUUACGACAUGAUUAAAAAGAAAAAAAUUUCAAUUUAGUUGUUGUACUAAGGUAUACUGGUAUCUUCAACUUCCUACUAAGGGCAAAAUGUAAUGAGUAGAUCUUUUCUGAGAUAUUUCAGAGGGAAACAAAGGGAGCAAACCUUCAUCUCUUUUUCAGUUUACUGUCCAUGCGCUGCAGUAAACUGGCCAUCAAAAUGGAAGGGCGAGUUUGUAGUGUAUUUUGACAAUCGCAAUAGGGUAAUAGAUUGUGAUAUAUCAAUUUUAUCCUCAUCCUCUCAGAAAGAAGAAGAAAGUGUGCAGGCACUCUUGUUUGACCGCGAUCCGUUCUGGAAACAGAGAGUCCGUCUGUAUUUCCGCCCCGCCAUUCGCCUUAUCCUUUUUGAAUGGGAUCGGUAAGUAUGUGCAAGUGUACAGAAACUCUUGCCUGACCGUCCUCGGGCCUGAGAGGGAACGUCUAUGUGUCCUUUCCCCUCUGCCUGCAGUAGACGUAAAAUACUGGCGACUUCUUAUAAGUCUGGCUAUUGUACCGUCCGAAUUUCCACUUAUACACACUCUGAACGCCGCCAACUAUGUUUACGCCUUGAUUAAAAUUUCAUAGCCACAGCUUGAAAACACGAUCACGGAUUACACCGUCCGUACAUAUCACCGCCAGAAAUACACCUCAAUCUACCUUUUAAUAGAACUGUGUACGAACACUUACUGGCUUUUUCUUUUCUUCUCUUGUAGUAAAGUAAAUAUUUGACUUACAAACGCCCAACUAUCUUACUUAUUUCGAAGCCUUCUUCGCGCCAAACGGUAAAAACUAUUGAAACUGCGAACAUCGUUUUUGUUUUCUAGAAAGUCCUGAGUAAUACCUCAGCUACAGAGACCCCAUUAAGCUUACAACACUCAGCGAAGCCGCUUAUUAUGGCUAAAAAAAAUAAAAAUUGUAAACGUUUCCAAGAAAGACAAAAUGUACGGAAUAGUUAGCAACAACAUAAGAAAUUCCAGUCCCGAAAGGAUUAAUGUCACGCCCAUCCGAAGGAAACGAAUAAAAAAACGAUCGUUUUAUUAAAUUGAGUCACAAAUACAUUCGCUUCAAGGAAAUUACUUAGAGCCACUUACUGACACUUAGAGCCAUCUACUGUGUUUGUUGUUUAAUUUAAGUCUGAAUUUUUUUUUUACAUUGCUUGGCGUUAUCUCACCAUAUGUGCGAAUUCAAUAAUAAUUGAACGGGCGUUGGGUUCAUGGUUGACGCAUAUAUCUCACUUUUAUAGGGCAUUAAACGGUAGUCUGCCUCUGCCUCCAGUACAUUUCUUUAUCUCGAUUUAUUUAUUUUAUAAAUUAUCGUUAAAUAAUUAACACCAACGGCAUAUAAGCGCCAGCGGCUUGCUUUUCAAGUCCGCAUACAUGUACAAAAACAACUGAAAAAUAACUGACUGCUUUACUAUUCCCCUCAUCUCGAAGAUUAAGGAGCCGCAUUGCCAUUCACUUGCCCUGUAAAAAUUCUUUUCGAACAUAGUUUAACGCGUUAGACGAAGAGCGCUCUUGUCGAUUGACUUUAUUAGAGUAAAGAGAGAUAUGUUACGGAUUACUUUAAGGUACGGUUGUCGCAUACAGUCACAUAAAAUGCAGGGCAGUAACGCAAUGAUCUUUGUGGAUACACGUAACAAGUUGGAAGAAUUCCAAAGGACUUUUUUUUUGAUUCAAAAAACGAACACAAAAUGCCACUGCCACUGUGGUGCCAAUAAUCAUUCAAGUCAAGUUAAUUUCCUCCCCAUACCCAUACAGUUACAAUGCAUAUCGCCAAAUUUUGAUGGCUUAGGAAAAGCUUGGGUGAAUUCAACAAAAUACGGAAUGAAUUGUCGCAACAAUUAUCUGAGAGGAGAACGCUUCUCUUCCUUUAUGACCCCCUGCAAAGAUUUCAGUUGAUUCACAGGACGGCGAUUUUUUUUUUUUUUUGAAGAGGCAAACAAUUUUGAUU